AUGCCGGCCCACCCGUACUCGACCCCGCCCGAGAUCAAGGACGACAUCGUCGUCCUCUCGUACCCGCUCCCCCAUGUCCUGCACGUUGCCAUGAACCGCCCCAAGGCGCUUAACGCCAUGAACGCUGAGCUGAACCAGGCCCUGAACGCGACGUUUGACUGGUUUGAGAGCGAGCCCGAGCUGCGCGUGUGCAUUCUCGGCUCGACGAACAGGAAGGCGUGGUGCGCCGGUGCGGACCUCGUCGCCUGGCAGGAGAAGGGCAAGUCUACCGGCGACAUCCUCAAGGCCGGCUUCGGUGGUAUCGCCGAGCGCUUCACGAAGAAGCCCAUCAUCGGCGCCAUCAACGGCUACGCUCUCGGUGGAGGAUCCGAGAUGACCGUCAACCUCGACCUCGUCGUUGCUGGCGAGACCGCUACUUUCGGUUUCCCCGAGGUCAAGCGCGGUGUCUCUGUUCUCGCUGGCGGUGUGCCCCGCUUCGUCCGUCUUGUCGGCCACGCGCGCGCCAUGGAGUGCGUCCUGACGGGCCGCAACAUCCCCGCCCGCGAAGCGCUCGGCAUGGGUAUGAUCAACGCCGUCGUCCCCGACGACGAGGUGGAGAAGAAGGCACUCGAGAUUGCGGGCGCGAUUGCCGAGAACUCGCCCGACUCUGUCGUUUCGCUCAUGUACGGCGUCCGCAUCGCGAGCGAGGUUGGAAGCGUCUCGAUUGCGCAGAAGCUCUUCGCCGACUCGCCCCAGGUCCGCGCUCUCUACAACGGCAAGAACAUCAAGGAGGGCCUGCUUGCGUUCAAGGAGAAGAGGAAGCCGAGGUGGGAGGGAAGCAAGCUCUGA